AUGGAGUCAUUCAGAGCCCUUGCUUCCCUCUUAGUCCUACACCUGCUGCAGGGCUCGGACUCUUCCUUAGUGCAGCUGAAUGAGAAUGGUUAUGAAGACGUCAUCAUUGCUAUAGACCCUGCUGUGCCGGAAGAUGGAGAAAUAAUCGAACGAAUAAAGGACAUGGUGACCACAGCAUCUACUUACCUCUUUGAAGCCACAGAAAAAAGAUUUUUUUUCAAAAAUGUGUCUAUAUUGAUUCCUGAGACUUGGGAGGGAAAUCCUCAAUACAGGAGGCCAAAACAUGAGAGCUACAAACACGCUGAUGUUAUAGUUGCACCACCGACCCUCACAAACAGAGAUGGACCUUACACCAGGCAGUUCACAGAAUGUGGAGAAAAAGCAGAAUACAUUCAUUUCACCCCUAACUUUGUUCUGGGCAAAAACCAAAGUGAAUAUGGACCAUCAGGGAGACUACUUGUCCACGAGUGGGCCCAUCUCCGCUGGGGGGUGUUUGAUGAAUACAAUGAAGAUCAGCCUUUCUACCUGAGCAAGUCAAAGAAGAUUGAAGCCACAAGAUGUUCCUCUGGCAUCUCUGGGACAAACAGUGUUCACAAGUGUCAAGCAGAUAGCUGCAUAACUAGAAGAUGUAGGAUAGAUUCUACUACACAACUGUAUGAAAAAGACUGCCAGUUCUUCCCUGAUAAAGAUCAAGCAGAAAAAGCUGCCAUAAUGUUUAUGCAAAGUAUUGAUUCUGUUGUAGAAUUCUGCAAUGAAAAAAACCAUAACAAAGAAGCUCCAAGUCUACAAAACCUAAAGUGUAAUAUCAGAAGUACAUGGGAAGUAAUCAGAGAGUCUGAGGACUUUAAAAACACUACACCAAUGGCAGCACCACCUCCUCCACCUGCCUUCUCCUUGCUGAGAAUCAGUGAAAGAAUUGUGUGCCUUGUUCUUGAUAAGUCUGGAAGCAUGACUGGUAUUACGCGCCUCAAUCGAAUGAAUCAAGCAGCAAAACACUUUCUGCUGCAGACUGUGGAAAAUGGAUCCUGGGUAGGAAUGGUUCAAUUUGAUAGUAGUGCAAGCAUUGGAAGUGACUUAAUACAAAUAAGAAGCAACAGCGAAAGAGACACCCUUGUGAUGAAAUUGCCUACACAAGCCUCUGGAGGAACUUCCAUCUGCACAGGGAUUAGAAAGGCAUUUGAGGUGAUUAGAAAGGCAGCCUCGCAACUGGAUGGGUCUGAAAUAAUGCUGCUGACUGAUGGGGAAGACAGCACUGCAAGUGGUUGUGUUGAUGAAGUGAAAGAGAGUGGGAUCAUCAUUCAUUUGAUUGCCCUGGGACCAUCUGCUGAUAAAGCAGUCACACAGAUGAGCAACGAAACAGGAGGAAAUCACUUUUUUGCUUCAGAUAAUGCUGAGAACAAUGGACUCAUUGACGCUUUUGCAGCCCUUACAUCAGAAAAUGCUGGACUCAGUCAGAAGUCCAUUCAGCUUGAAAGUAAGGGAUUAACCCUGACCACUGAUGCCUGGAUGAACGGCACGGUGAUAAUCGACAGCACUGUGGGAAAGGACACGUUCUUUCUUGUCACCUGGACUGUGCAGCCUCCCAGCAUUUCUCUCUGGGAUCCCAGUGGAGCACCAACAGCAGGUUUCACUCAGGACACUGCUUCCCAAAUGGCCUAUCUCAGUAUUCCAGAAAAUGCACAGGUGGGCACCUGGACUUACAACCUUCAAGCCAAAGCAAACUCAGAAACACUGACUAUUACAGUAACUUCUCGGGCAUCAAAUUCUGCUGUGCCUCCCAUCACAGUGAGUGCUAAAAUGAAUAAAGACACAAGCAGCUUCCCCAGCCCAAUGAUUGUCUAUGCAGAAGUUCAACAAGGGUAUGUGCCCAUUCUUGGAGCCAAUGUGACUGCUAUCAUUGAAUCAAACAGUGGAAACACAGCAGUUUUGGAACUGUUGGACAAUGGUGCAGGUGCUGAUGCAUUCAAAGAUGAUGGUGUCUACUCCAGGUACUUCACAGGUUAUUCAGAAAAUGGCAGAUACAGCUUGAAGGUGCGAGCUCAUGCAGGAACAAACUCUGCCAUGCAAAGCUCCAAACAUCCACGGAGCAGAGCCGCAUAUAUACCAGGCUGGGUAGUGAAUGGGGAAAUCGAAGGAAACCCACCAAGACCUGAAGCUGAUGAGAAUACUGAGACAAUUUUGGAGAAUUUCAGCAGAACAGCAUCUGGAGGUGCAUUUGUGGUAUCAGGAUUUACAAAUACUCAAUCCUCUGACCCAUACCCACCAAGUCAAAUCACAGACCUGAACGCCACACCUGAGGGAGAAGAGAUCAUUCUAACAUGGACAGCACCAGGAGAGGAUUUUGAUGUUGGAACAGUUCAACGAUAUAUCAUAAGGAUAAGUGGAAGUAUGAUUGACCUGAGAGACAAUUUUGAUGGUGCUCCUCAAGUUAACACUACUGACCUGUUCCCAAAGGAGGCCAACUCCGAGGAGACCUUUACAUUUAAACCAGAAAAUAUCCCAGAAGAAAAUGCAACCCACAUAUUCAUUGCCAUUCAAAGUGUAGACAAAAGCAACUUGACAUCAAGGGUAUCCAACAUUGCUCAAGUGGCUUUGUUCAUUCCUCAAGCAGAUCCUGGUCCUGAUGAAAGUCAUCCUAAUCCUAGUCCUGAUAAAAAUUAUAAUUCUGGAAUUAAUAUUUCUAUUCUGGUCUUGUCAGUAGUAGGGUCUGUUGUAGUUGUUAGUGUUAUUUUAAGUACCACUAUUUGUAUCUUAAAAAAGAAAAACUCUUCAAGCCGACCUAGAACAGGGUUUUAAAAAGUAGAAUAAUGUAAUUAAAGGAUAUGGAUAAAUUUGUAAAUCCAUCCUGUGUAAUC